UGCAAAAAAAGCAGCACUAUGGGUGGCGCCUUAGAUUCAUUCGGCAGUUUUACACGUUAUUUUUUGCAAAAUGAGCGAUCAAACCUAGAAUAUUUAAGCUAUGUAAUGCUGAUUUUCGGCGUGCAAUCGUUCGUGUUGUUGCAGUAUUUUCCUUCGCCGUAUGGCCGCCAUGGCAGUUCUGCCUGGGGAUUUCUCGUCAAUGGCAAGUUCGCCUGGUUCACUCAGGAACUACCCGCUUUUGCCAUACCAGUCCUCCUUGUAGUGUUUGCUGACUGUCCACAGCUUGGUGCCUCAUCUAACAGAAUUCUUCUCGGAUUAUUUCUGCUGCAUUAUUUUCAAAGGACAUUCAUCUACCCGAUGCUGAUUAGAGGUGGCAAACCCACGCCUUUCAUCCCUUAUACAAUGGCCAUAUCGUUCUGUUGUGCCAAUGGUUAUUUACAAGGAAGAAGCCUCACACGGUUUGUGGCUUACCCUAAAACCUGGAUGACAGAACCAAGGGUCUGGAUAGGCAUGUUAUUAUUUUUUGUGGGAAUGGGAGUGAAUAUACAUUCAGACCACAUCCUCAUGAACCUUAGGAAACCAGGAGAAACGGGUUACAAGAUUCCUAAAGGUGGAAUGUUCAGCUUUGUGUCCGGGGCCAAUUUUCUUGGAGAGGUGAUAGAGUGGAGUGGCUAUGCAUGUGCAUGCUGGAAUCUCCCUGCACUGGCAUUUGCCUGUUUUACCUUCCUUAAACCUUGCUCCACGUGCCAUGCAACACCACAGAUGGUACAAGCAGGAAGUUUGAAGAUUACCCCAAGGAAAGAAAAGCCAUAAUACCAUAUUUAUUGUAACAUUGUUAAUAUUUGUUAGAUUUAUGCUGUGAGAGGAAACAAGUGUGCAUUUGCUCAAUUUAUAAUGUUUGUUUAGUAGCUGUUGUAGUUUUUGAGAGAAAACUGAAAUAUUUAGUACAGACAUGGUGAUGUCAUCAGAAUACACAGAAUAUUCUGUGGUUUUUUUUAUUUUUGGUUUUUUUUUUAAGUUUGGACAUAGUGAAACUGGCAACCUGCUAUGCAGU